AUGAAGUGGCCCAUAGCUGUGCUCUUGCUGUCUCUAUUAAUUCAGGUGGAAGGAAAAUUAUGCAAGAGACCCGGAUGUUUUUGUAAAAACAACGGGAUUCCCAUAGACAAAAAUUGUGAAUGUCCAACCGGAUAUAAGGGCUUCGACUGCGGACUAAAAACACGGAACCUAUGUCCAACAAACAUUUGUAAAAAUGAUGGUGUCUGCUAUGACAUGGGCAAAUGUUAUUGUCAUGGUGACUUUUACGGAGAUCACUGUGAAUAUCGAAAAGAGCCUCAAAAUUGUGGAAUGGACAGCAUGCAAGUAGGAUUUGCUAUGCCAGUAACUAUGGAUUCAAACCCAGAAAUCUUUGCAUUACCAAACACGAAAUGCAAAUUCAAGCGUGCCUAUGAAAUCAAAGGGCAUGACAUUUAUAUGCUUGAGGUCAACCUUACCACAACACGGAACGCCAACUGUAUGGAUGCUGUUGUUGAAACAAGAAUGGGCGAUAUGACAACAUACUUGAUCGAUGCUCAUGUCCGACGUGACCACGGUAUGGAUUCACCAAGAGAUUGGACUGCAACGUUUCGAUGCACGUAUACCUCCAUCGGCACGCCAACACAACGAGAUGUCACCGCAGAAGCGUCGGACGUUUUAUUUGCUUUCACAGAUGCCAACGAAACCCUGGUGGACAAUAUCGGAGCACAACAGCCGUUUGAUAUCGUCUUCUUCCUCAGACCUAACUCUACUUACCUGAAUCUGAGACUGGACAAACUGGUAGUAUACAACCAGCUCAGCAACACUAAAAUGUUCACACUGAUUGAUCGCGGACGAAGUGACUAUAUGUCCAGACGGCUAAAGCUUUACAGAGAACCAACAGAUGAAGGUCAAACUCCAUUCUAUUUUGAAGUUGCCGAAAACGUGACAGUGCCUGCUGUCAAAGUUAAAGUGAGCGGACUCAGUGAAAAAGCUUCGAUUUAUGUCGAUUAUGAAAUCCGGGUCUGCCAAACACACGUUUGUCCGAUGUCGGUGGAUUCCACAUUCGGCCAGCAAGCACCAGGGAUAUUCAAUAUGCAUGGACGUAUCGGCUAAUCAAUACUUUCGC